AGUGUCCUGCGGUAGCUCGGCUGCUAGCGGUGUUCCGAAGCCUUUGUCUGCGCCCGGCUCCCCCUCCGCGUCCCAGGCGCUCGGACCCGCCCCGGAGCCGUCGGCCCGAGCCGCAGCGACGCUUUCCCUUCCCCUCUCCCUCCCGCCCUUCCUUCGUUGCCUUCCUCCCCACCCCGGGACCCGGAGGGACCCACGCCCCUCUGCGCCCUGCGCGCUCCCGACGUGUGUGAGUGAGUGUGUGUGCCCGCGCCCCCCCGGACUCAGGCGGUGUCCCCUAGAUGGCCAGCUUUCCCCCGAGGGUCAACGAGAAAGAGAUCGUGAGAUCCCGUACCAUAGGAGAACUUCUGGCCCCAGUAGCUCCUUUUGACAAGAAAUGUGGCCAUGAAAACUGGACGGUUGCCUUUGCUCCUGAUGGUUCUUACUUUGCUUGGUCUCAAGGACAUCGCACAGUGAAGCUGGUUCCCUGGUCCCAGUGCCUCAAGAACUUCCUCUUGCAUGGCACCAAGAACAUCACUAAUUCAAGUAAUUCGAGACUUUCGAGACAAAACAGUGAUGGCGUUUCAAAGAACAGGCCUUGUGAGCACGUCAUAGACUGUGGAGACAUUGUGUGGAGCCUGGCCUUUGGAUCCUCCGUCCCUGAAAAGCAGAGUCGCUGUGUGAAUAUAGAAUGGCACCGAUUCCAGUUUGGGCGGGACCAGCUCCUCCUGGCCACUGGUUUAAGCAAUGGACGCAUCAAAAUAUGGGAUGUCUAUACAGGAAAACUCCUCCUUAACCUAAUGGAUCAUACAGAAGUGGUCAGAGAUUUAACUUUUGCCCCAGAUGGAAGCCUGAUUCUAGUGUCGGCGUCAAGAGACAAAACUCUACGAGUGUGGGACCUGAAGGAUGACGGAAACAUGAUGAAGGUCCUGAGGGGCCACCAGAACUGGGUUUACAGCUGCUCCUUCUCCCCGGACUCUGCCAUGCUGUGUUCAGUUGGGGCCAGUAAAGCAGUUUUUCUUUGGAACAUGGAUAAAUACAGCAUGAUACGAAAGCUGGAAGGACAUCACAAUGAUGUUGUAGCUUGUGAGUUCUCUCCUGAUGGAGCGUUACUGGCUACUGCAUCUCACGAUACUCGAGUGUAUGUCUGGGAUCCGCAUGUUGGAUCAAUUCUGAUGGAAUUUGGGCACCUGUUUCCCCCUCCGACGCCCAUAUUUGCCGGAGGAUCCAAUGAUGGGUGGGUGCGAGCUUUGUCUUUCAGUCAUGAUGGACUGCACAUCGCCAGUCUUGCUGACGACAAGAUGGUGAGGUUCUGGAGGAUCAAUGAGGACUGCCCAGUUCAGGUGGCAACUCUGAGCAACGGCCUGUGCUGCGCCUUCUCUACUGACGGCAGCGUUUUAGCUGCAGGGACCAGUGACGGCAGCGUGUACUUUUGGCCCACCCCGAAGCAGGUCCCGAGCCUCCAGCAUCUGUGCCGCAUGUCCAUUCGGAGAGUGAUGCCCACACAGGAAGCCCAGAGGCUGCCGCUCCCUCCCAAGCUGCUGGCGUUCCUCUGCUACCAGAUGUAGAAAGUUUGCGGAACUGACCAGAACUCCUUCUCACACGCCUCCACCUUCCCUGACUCCAAGCAUCUGUUCCUGCGGGCCUAGAAGACUUAUUUAAAUUUGAUACAUUCUUGUACUUCAUUUUCAGGUGGAGCUUUUACAAUGUUAUUUAUAGACUAUAUUCAAACUGUUUCUGAAGAUAACAAACUGAAAGGGUUUUUUAGCUCUAACUGUGAAAACAUGUACAUACUUAGACAUAAACUGCUAGAUGUCACGUGUAUUUUUUUUUUAUUUUUUGCUUUUCCUAGUUUUGUCAUGUAUAUAUUGCUUCAGUAGCGCUCACAGUAUGUAUCUUUGCUGUAAAGUGGAAGGAAUUUUUAUUCUGGGACACUGUUAGAUGGUCAAUAUUGACUUAAGGAAGGUAAAUUGCCCCAUACAAAUGUGUAUUGGUUUUUGGGAGAGGGGGGUCAAACUUCUGACCUGCAAGUGAAAUAGUCUUUAUGGAGGGAAAGAAUUUUGUUUUCCUUAGGAAUGGCAUCUGAGAGGUGAAAUUUGAAUGUGAUGUAUUAAUAUACAACAGAGCCAAGGAAUAUAUAACUAGUAAACAGGUAAUUUUCUUGUCUAAAUGCAACUGCAGGCCUUAAUUUUGGAGAGUAACUUGUUAUUUUAACCCCCAUGGUCUAAAGUAUUUUAAUCGGUUUGAAAAAUCCAUCUACUGUAUUAUUGCUUAGUGUUUUUUUUUUUCUGUAGCAAUGGGAUGUUUUUGUCUUUUUUUUUUUUUUAAAUCCUGGUUUUUAUUUCUGACUGCCAUAUUAUUUCUUCAGGGGGUGGUAUUGGUGAAAUGCCAAAGAGAAGCAAUGUGUUUGCUUUUGCCUUCUGUUAUUUAUCUGUACCUGCAGAUAUUAUAAAUGUAUGCAUUACGUAAAAUGCCUGAUUAUAUAUUUUUGUUGACUAUUUUUAUUAAAGACUUGUACAAAAUA